UUGUGAUAAUAAAAAUGGAAAAAUUAUAUAAAGACAUCCUCAUUCGUUUGAGAAAGAAUAUAAUUGACGAUUUAGAUGUAGAUAAUGACAUCAUACAACCUUUAAGAAAUGAAUACAUCAUAACAGAAGAUCAUAUAAAAAAUAUUUAUAUUGGAGCUACUAAAGAAGAGAGAGCAGCCAAAUUGUUGGAUAUACUACCACUGUGUGGUGCAAAUGCUUUUGGUGUCUUUCAUCAAUCCUUAAAACAUCACUACGACUGGCUUAGUAAUGAAAUAGAUAUAAUGUUAGGCAAUUAUGAAAAAGAAACCAAUGGAGUAACAGAUUAUUAUGCUGGGCCUCUCAAUAUUCCACCUCUUUCUCCAUUAACUGUUACCAGGCAAGAAAAGAUUAACCAGUUAAAGAAAGCUUUACAAGAAUUAAUUCCCACAAAAUACAUUGCGUUACAUGGCAUGAAAGGAUUUGGAAAAUCAUCUCUAGUUGCCAGUACUCUCAAGGACGUAAAAUUAGUGAAAAAUUUAUUUUCUAAUCAGGUCUACUGGAUUAAAUUUGCAGAUGAUGGUUCACUUGAUGAAGAAAUAUUAAUUCAAUUAAACACACUCUAUUAUAACGUGAGAAAUUUAGAAAUUCAACCAGAAUUGUUUUCUUCACUUGAGAGAAAUUCUCUGAUUCAAUAUUUGAAAUAUUAUUUUAAUAAACAAGAAAAUUGCAAUGCUUUAUUGAUUCUCGAUGAUGUUCAUAAUGAACAAAUUAUUAACACUUUUGACUUCCAAUGUAAAACUCUAGUUCUUACUGAUAACAUCGAUGUUGUAUUGAAGAAAAGACCUAACAUAAUAGAGAUGAACGAUGGAUUUACAGAAGCAGAGACAUUAGGCUUAUUUGCCAAAGCAUUAGAAAUGGAUGUGAAAAAGUUGCCAGUAGAGGCAAAAAGAAUAUAUGAAGAAUGUAAAGGAACGCCGUUAUUAAUAGCUAUGUUUGCUGCGCAAUUUGAAGAAUUUAAAUGCGACAUGCGUAUACAUGAUCGUAGAUGGAAAUAUUAUUUGAAAUCUUUGAGAGAAAAGAGUAGAACAAACAAAGUAAUGAAUGAAUUUUGGAAAAAACAAGAAACUAUUUUUGAUAUAUGUAUUAAACAAUUAAAACCAAAUUUGAAGAAAUAUUACGAGGACUUAGCUAUUUUUUGUGAAGAUGUUAACAUAGCUUCGAAGACUCUAGAAAUUUUUUGGAGAAAAGGUGCGUUGGAAAUUGAAGAGUUGAUGUUGGAUUUGUGUCAUAAAUCACUUGCAGCCAGAAUAUGGAAUAAUGAUUUAAAAACAUAUAUUUAUGGUGUGCACGAUUUACUGCUAACUCAUUUAAGGAAAAAACGAACUGAUGAUGAAUUAAUACAGAUGCACAAGUCUAUUAUUGAAAAGUAUCGUCAAUAUUGCAAUAACGAUUUUUCAAAAUUGCCAAAUGAUAAUUAUAUUUACUUGUACAUUGGCUAUCAUUUGGAGCAAGCAAAAUUGUUUGAGGAAUUUCCACGUCUUUAUUUAAAUUUUGAUUUCAUUCAAGCUAAGUUAACACAUGCAGGUUUGAAUGAUUUGUUACUAGAUCUGAGAAAGUAUAGAAAAUACAUUACAUUAAACUCUACAGAUGAAUAUGUGGUAAAAGUCUCUGAUUUAGAAAGAUUUCUUCAAGAACAAGCAAGCGUUAUAAUAGAACAUAAACAUAAAAAAUGCUUAGAUAUCAUCCAAAUUGCAAUGAAUCAUUCAUCUCAAGAUUACAUAACUCAAACUGCAAAAGAUCUAGCUAUGAGAAGACAAGAAUUCUUAUAUCUAUCUCAUAAGAAAAGUAGCCAACAUGCCAAUAUAUCAUUGACUGAAGAAAUACCAAGAAACAUUUGCACAUCAUCUUUCACAAAUAAUAAUCCCGAGUUAGUCUUGACUGGGAAUACAUCGGGUAAAAUAAUUCUGUACGAUUUUCAAGGCACGCAACGUAAAAUCUUCAAUGGUCAUGGAGAAGAGUGUUCUAUUAAAAAAAUUAUUGUAUCUAUGGCUAGUGAUUGUUUCUUAUCAUUAAGCAGUGCUGGUAUAAUAAAAUUAUUCUCUCUAUUAGAGGAGAAUGACGAAUUUUAUCAAAAUUAUAUGAACAUUGGAAGCCCCCGACAAAAACAAAAUUUCUGGUCUGAUCCUUAUUCAAACUUGAAAGGUCAAGACGAUAGCUUAGCAGAAUUUAAGGUGAAAAAUGAGAUUAUAUUGGAUAUGGCAUUUGGUCGUGAGGAAAACUACAUUGCUGCAUGCACUAACAAAGCAACGAUUCAGAUAUGGGACCGAAAUGGAAACACAAUGUUUACUUUAACAGAUCCCAAAUAUCAAUACAUAAUGAAAAUGGCUUUUACAACGAAUGCUUCCUUAUUGCACAUAAUGGAUGAGUCAAAGGGUGCUUUUUUUGUGUUCACAAAUUAUGGGAAUGACUAUACUACUUAUCAAUAUGUUACUUGUUAUAAUCUGCAGUUAAAAUCUGCAUCUAAAGAGGUCAUCUUUUUUCAUCAUGUACCCAUGCAUGAUGAUUCGUUGAUAGUUGUCACCAAAAAGGAAGCUAUGUAUGUAAAAUGGUGCAGGAGGAUUGAGAAUUGUGUGUAUAAUUUUAACAGAAAACUAAAGGGAUAUAUCGAUGAAAAAGUAACUUAUGUAUGCGCAACCAUUACAUAUGAUGGUGAAUAUCUAAUAUUAGCUGAUUCUGCGGGUUUUAUAAAUGUAUGGAAUACCGAUUCUGGAUUUCAACCGGUUGCAAUUUACAAAAGCCGAGUCAUAUCUUUGGAUUCUUUCCCGUUUAAGGACUGUCAUGUUAUAUGUGGGAGUGGGGAUGGAGCAUUAUACAGAUGGAAACUCCCAAUACAAACAUCAAAUGACUUACCUAGGAAAUGCCUAUUUGACGCAAUUGUAUCUUGUGACGAAAUGGACAUCGUAGUUAAAGAGAGCCCUUCAAAGAUAAUUACAAUGUCAUGUGGAGAAAAAAUGAUAAAAGAAUCUGAAUUAAUAAAAGGAGAAAUAUCGAAUCUGCAACUGUCUGCCGAUGGAACUAAGGCGUUGUAUGUUAUAGAUAAUAAAAUAAUUGAGUUAUUAGAUAUAACAACUGGGAUAAUCACGGAGGUUUUACAAGUAGAUAAACCAAUUCAAUUUGUAAAAAUUAUCAAUCUUCUUAACCGUGAUAUAAUAUUAUGCAGAUGGGAAGACGAUAAUUUGAAGCAGAUAUGGCAACCUCCUGUAGUGUUUGGAAUCGAGACUAGAGGAGAAGAAUCCAUCCAUGAUAUUCACAUAAUAAACGAUAACUGUGUCAUAACAGUAAUGCAAAAUGGCAAAAUAAAAAUAUGGUAUACGUCUAUACCUUGGCAACUAAUAAGCCAAGUAGAUUCUAAUUCUCCUUCAAACAUUAUAUUUAGCUGUUUGAGCUACAAUCAAAAAUAUUUAGCAAUUUUGAAUGAAUCGCAUCGUUUAAUCGUAUUAUAUAUUAAUUCUGAAAACAUAGCCGCAUCAUUACCACGUAUACAAAUAACGCAACAGCCUUAUUUUACGCAUACUUUUGCGCAAAAAGCGAUUUGUUGCGAUAUUUCUAAAAAUGAACAGUAUAUCGCUGUUGGUCUUGACUCAGGACAAAUUUCUAUUAUAAACAUACAAAAACGGAUGGAAAUCGCUCAAUUAUUUUUUAACGCUAGUCCUAUUACACAAUUGUGUUGGGCUCCAGUUACCAUAGAUGUUCCAAUUUUAUUGUCGUUGACAAGUGAUGAAUUAAUUUGGUGGAACAUUGCUUUAGCAAAGGAUAUGACAAGAACACAGAAUAUGAGAAAUCGGAUCAGUCGCAGUAUAAGUGCUCCUUCGUUCAGUUCGAAUGCAUUUUGGAAUCAACGAGUACCUAACAGUCGAAGCGUAGACGUCAAUGUAUCUAGGAUACAAAAUGAGAUGAUAUCGAGUACUGCCAGUUCGGAUAUCAUUAAUAAUAUAAGUAGCUAUUGGAAGAACAAAAAAGGUAAAAAUCCUGAAAUACCAGAAUUAUUAACGGUUGUCGCAUUACCACAAAACCGUGAUGGAAAAAUAUGUAUCUCUCCAGAUUUCACUAAAUAUGUUAUGGUGGAUAUGUACGGAUCUAUUAACACGUUUAAAUUGAUCAAUUAUCGUGAGUUCAACUUAAACAUAAGUUGAUUAUAGAAUUAAUUUAUCAAUGAAGAAUUUAUUAAUUCAUUAUAAUAUAUAAAAAAUAAAUAUAUUGCACAGCAAUAGAGGAUGAUUAUAUCCAAGGUUGACAAUUAAGUAACGCGUUACUUGUAAACUUUAUUUUGAUCGUUACCUUCUUACAAUGAUGAUUUGGUGACAUUACAAUGACAUUGUGAAUUUUAUAUGACGUAAUGGUAACAUCAGAGUUAAAAAUGUCAAUCGUUACUUGUAACGUCCUGAGUCAAGACCAACAGCGACAUACUGUUCAUUUUUCAGAAAUAUUACAACAAAUCGCUUUUUGCGCAAAAGUAUGCGUAAAAUAAGGCUGCUGCGUUAUUUAUAUACGUGGUGAUGAUGCGGCUAUGUUUUCAGAAUUAAUAUAUAAUACAAUUAAACGAUGCGAUUCAUCCAAAAUUGCUAAGUAUUUUUGAUUGUAGCUCAAACAGCUAAAUAUAAUGUUUGAAGGUGAAUUAGAGUCUACUUGGCUUAUUAGUUGUCAAGGUAAACGUAUACCAUAUUUUUAUUUUGCUAUUUUGCAUUACUGUUAUGAUACAGUUAUCGGUAAUGAUGCGGCUAUGUUUUCGUAAUUAAAAAAGUUAUUUGUUACUGAAAAAAAUGAUUCAUUACUGAAAAAAAACUCAUGUUAACAAGUUACUUUUCAAAGUGACUUUUCUAACCUUAGUACAAUCUUAGCGUUUAAUUAGUGUUACCGUCAUAAAAAAUUACAAUAUCGUCAUCAAAUUGUUUACUAAAAGUAACGGCAAAGUAACUGAAAAGUAACGUUUG